CCGCGCUCUUGUUCCCAUAAGCCACAGCCUUUGUGCCCUUCUUACACACCUCCAUCCUUCCCAAACGGAACAGCCCUAGCCCCCGCGUCCCUCUGGGGAAGAGGCUGCUCGGGGCUGAGCUUUUCUGUCCGCAGGGGAGCGGCACCACUUAGACGUGAACGCCUGUGGGGCUGGGCAAGCAGAAAAGCGAGGUCUUCCCGGCUGCUCCGCAAGGGUAAUUCUGGCCGCGCGAGCCCCAGCCCGGACACCAUCCUGCGGCCCCAAGGCAGCUCGCACCGCCGCCAGCGGGCCUCCGCAACCAGGGAGCUGCCGCGCGCCGGGCCCCGCUGCUGCCGAAGACGCUGAGCGCCACCCGGGGCAGGACCUGGGCCUGCAGCGGCCCAACGCCCGCGGGCGCCCUUCCCUGGCGGUUGCGGCAGUGGGGCGCCCGGGGAGGCGGGUGUGCCGUGUGCGGGCGCCGCGCCGCGCCGCGGUGUUUCCGGCCCAGCACGUGCCCGGGCAGGGGGCUGUGCGCGGCGGGCGGGGCCGGCUGUGAGCUCACUUCCCUGGCCCGGCGGAGGCGGCUCCGGCCUGGUGCGGCCGCCGCUGCGCUCGGGCUCGCCAGGGGGAGGAUGGAGCAGCGGCUGUCUGCAAUCACCCUCUACUGCGCCCCCGCCGCCGCCCCCCGCGCCAUGGAGCAGGAGCAGAAGCAGCAGCACUCAAAUGGCGAUAGAGGCUUUGAGAAUGUGGAAUUGGGAAUCAUAGGGAAGAAGAAGAAAAUUCCAAGAAGGGUAAUUCACUUUGCAAGUGGAGAAACUAUGGAAGAAUACAGCACAGACGAAGAAGAAGAUGAGCAAGAGAAAAAAGACCUCUUGCCUCCCAUUGAUCCUAGGCAGUAUUGCAAGGUUUGUCUCCCUGAUGUAUCUGCAGUUCUGCUGCCAGUUAAGUUGGCUGUUGCCAUGCUGAGUGUUUUGAAACUAUCAUUCCUCAUAACCAGCGGUAAGCUGACAGAACUUGUGUUAUGUAAAAAAGUCCUUCUGUAGUUAAAUACUUUAACUGUACCUUUUGACUUCAUCUGACUUAUGUGAGCAUGUAUUUUAUGUUGCAAAUCAGUCUUUCAGUACAGACUGGAAAAUUCUAUUACCAAAAAAGUACUUUCCCAUCUUGACCCAAUUCUCCUAGUGAAAGCAUCUAGAUUUCUUUAGUCAUAGGGGAUUUAAACAGGAGCAUAGUGAGCCCAUCGAGCACAUGAGAAGGGCAUGGGAGUAUGCUGAAUGCUGUAGACCGGUGGAGGGGUG